CAGGGUGGCGGCGGCGACAGGAGCCGGAGGAGGAGAAGGGAGGCGUCCGUGCAGCCGGCCCGCGCACGCAGGAGGGGACAUGGACGGCGAUCGCACCGAGAGCGACUGGCAGGGGCUGGUGAGCGAGGUGAGGCCGGGGCUCCGGGCCGGCCUCCGGAGCGCCUGCAGCGGGUCUGCAACCUCCGAGAAGCCGGGUACCAGGCGGUCCCCGCAGAACCUGCAGUACCUGGUGUGUAAACGGAAGCUGGAGAGCAAGAAAGAGGCCCUGCUGAUCCUCUCCAAGGAGCUGGACACCUGUCAGCAGGAGAGGGACCAGUACAAACUCAUGGCUAAUCAGCUUCGAGAACGACACCAGUCCCUAAAGAAGAAGUACCGAGAGCUGAUUGACGGAGAUCCAUCACUUCCCCCUGAAAAGAGGAAGCAGGCUAAUCUUGCACAGCUGUUGAGAGACUCUCAGGACAGGAAUAAACAUCUGGGAGAAGAAAUUAAAGAACUUCGGCAGAGGCUUGGCGAGGUCCAGGGUGACAAUAAGCUGUUGAGGAUGACAAUCGCUAAACAAAGGCUCGGAGAUGAAGAAAUCGGCAUGAGGCAUUUCGCAGCCCAUGAGCGCGAGGAUUUGGUCGAGCAGCUGGAGCGAGCUAAGGAACAGAUCGAGUCCUUGGAACAUGACCUGCAGGCAUCAGUGGAUGAACUCCAGGAUGUAAAGGGAGAGAGGGCUUCCUACCAGGACAAGGUGGACAGGCUGAACCAGGAGCUCAACCAUAUCCUGGGUGGUCACGAGAACCGUAUCAUUGAUGUGGAUGCUCUGUGCAUGGAGAACAGAUAUCUCCAAGAGAGACUGAAACAACUCCAUGAGGAGGUCAGCCUUCUGAAGUCAAACAUUGCCAAGUACAAGAAUGCUCUGGAGAGACGGAAAAACUCCAAGGGCCAAGGCAAGUCCAGCAGUAGUGCUCUGACUGGGGUCCUGUCUGCAAAGCAAGUCCAGGGUCUGCUCUCGGAAGAUCACGGGUGCAGCCUCCCAGCUACUCCACAGUCCAUUGCUGACCUGAAGUCUCUGGCCACGGCCCUGCUGGAGACGAUCCACGAGAAAAACAUGGUCAUUCAGCACCAGAGGCAAACCAACAGGAUCCUAGGGAAUCGAGUGGCAGAGCUGGAGAAAAAGCUAAGAACUCUGGAAGUUUCUGGUCUGUGGAGUCUUCCAGGCCUGAGCUACAAUGUUUCCGUUGGAUUUGGGAGGGGCAAGGACACUAUACUGUUCAGUGACCAGACUCUUCCCACCAUACAGAGGUCAAGGUCCCCACUGUUGAAGUUUGUGGAACAGCCCACUGAGCACAAGGAGAACACCAGGGAUGGGGAGACCCAGGGGCAGGAGCGAGAUGAAAGCCUCGGCCCAGCUGCUGAGGCGGCGUUCACAGUGCCCGGGGAUGCUGAGAGGCCUGAUGUCAGCUCCCCAGCACAGCCUAGCAAUAGGAACCAGUGCUCACACUUUCAUCGUCCUCCGGUAUCCCAGUGCCCUUCAGAGGAAGCAAACACCCUGGGAGAGGGGACCGCUCCACUGACUGAUGGACAGGAGGCUGCACACCUGGAGGAGGGCACAAGGGAGGCUCCUGCAGCAGAACAGAGGUGUGAGCCAGGCCUGUCCCCGCCCAGCCCGGCCUCCCAGGGAGAGGGUGCCACAGCUCUCCAGGACUACUUGUCUUCCAUGCAGCCAGAGGCCAAGGGAGGUGACAGAGGAAUCUGGAAGGGCGGAGACAUGAGAAGCAAACUUGAGGCUGAGGGAGACUGACACGGUGACACAUGGAAGGCGCCAGGGACAGCGUGGACAGGCUGAAGCUUCGGGACACGCAUCCAACCCCUUUCUGCUAAAACACCUUCCUGUCUGCAAAUGAGAAAACGCUCUGAUCCUGCUACAAGCUGGGAGCACCCGACGGUGUCAGCUCUGUCUGAGUUAUUAAAUGCUGGUCUGUGAG